AGCUCCCGGAAGUGUGCGCGCCGUGGGCAGCCUGGGCUAGCGGGGGACGCGCCAUGGCCGGUGGAGGGGACCCGCUCCGCGCCCUGCUCCGCGCCGCUAAUGCCCUCCUGCAGCAGCGCCGCUACCGUGCCGCGCUUGCCGUCCUCAAGGGCUUCCGCAAUGGGGCCGUUUAUGGAGCAAAAAUUCGUGCCCCGCAUGCCCUCGUGAUGACUUUCCUAUUCAAGAGUGGAAGUUUAAGAGAGAAACUGAAAUCGAUUGCUCAGGCUACGUACACACAUUCCCGGAACUUGGCAUAUUUUGUGUUCACCUACAAGGGACUGAUGGCGUUGCAGUCCCGACUACAGGGGAAAAAAAUUCCAUUUCAUUCUUUCUUUGCAGCCUGCAUUGGGGGUUGGCUGGUGUUUGGUGAGAACAAUCCCAUCAACAGCCAGAUCAUUAUGUACCUGCUGUCUCGUAUCCUGUUCGGCUUGUCUCGGCUGGCAGUGGAAAAGGGCUAUGUCCCACAGCCAAAGCAGGAUCCUUUUCCACUUGUCGCUGCUUUGAUAUGGGGGACAGUUCUCUGGCUCUUUGAAUACCACCGGCAAACUCUGCAGCCUUCUCUGCAGUCCUCCAUGACCUACCUGUACGAUGAUAGUAAUGUAUGGCAUGACAUUUCUGACUUCCUCAUUUAUAACAAAAGGACAGACAGCAAGUAGAUGGUUCGUUGUAAAACACCUUUGAAUGGGAUGGUAUCUUCCAGCAGCUAAGGGAAAAGGUUAUUCUGUUGCUCUUGACUGGUGAUGGUUUUUUUUUAAAUUAACAUCUGUCAAGCAGAGUUGCCUCUUGUGUCCCAGCCAAAACAUUCUGAUUAGUCUUCUCUUGGCUCUGUUUAGAGCAAGCAAAUGCCCCACAGAAACCUGUUGCAGUCUUUUUUUAAAAAGAGGCCUUAUUUUCUCUGCAAGUAUGGCUUUGGGGUUUUUGGGAUUUUGUUUUUCAAGAAACUAAAUAUGCUUACAAAAUGACAGCCUGACAGUAAGUGGAGAGCAUGUCUAAUCAUGAAAAAAUAUUCUAGGGAUUGUCUGAAUGCUCUCAAGACAGAACCAUUUUUCUGUGCUGCUGUGCUCGCUGUAGUAUGACAGAAGUGGGGAACCUGCUCAGGUCUAAAAACAGGGACAUCACUUCUUGAUUUCUGCGGACAACAGAAAAUCUGGUUUAAACUGUUACAAAGACAGUCAUGUGCUCCUUAAGAGAGUUUUUCUGCAGUUUUCCCUCAGAGGCAUUAAGGUGUUUGAGAAUAAAACUGUUAAGAUUGUCUGGUACAAGCCUGGUAAAUCAGGCUUGGAAGGACUAUUUUUACGUGGCUUCUUUCAUGCACUUGGGCUGAAUCCGUCCCUCUGCAGAGUGCACUAAUUAAUACCCUGUAAUUAUUUUAAACUUACUUGUAAAGUUUUUUAAAGCUGCUUGAAUUAAAUACGAAAACCAGUUAUGCAACCUAGACUCCUUUGAAAACAGGCUGAGGCGCAUUGCACGCCCUCAGAUAUCACACUGGGUACUUUAUGUGUAGAAGCGAGCAACACUUUCAACAAGCGCUUUUAUUUUGGUGGGAGAUAACCACAUGGGUUUCUCUUAGGUCCAGAAUCUACCCUCCACAGUGGUGGCAUGUGCUAGCUGUAAUCAGGCUUGGAUGUACCUGUGGUUUCUGCAGGCUUCUGGCUGAGCCAGGUUGAGGCCACAGAUGAAGUGGCUACUUCUGUAAGCGAAUAUUCCUCUUAAGAAUACACUGCUGAGCACCGGUAACAGGGCAGCACGCACUGGGCUUUAACAGAAGAUGGUCUAGAUAGCUGAGAAAGAACAAAAACUGUUUUAAAUUUAAUAAAUUCAAACUGUUAAUAGUGGCAAAGCACUUACGCUGCCAUAUAACACUAUACCAUUCACUUAAUGAUGUACAUUAAAAUAAUUCCUGAUGCACUGGUUUUAUGUGGUGAUAUUUACAAGAAAGUCAUUAAGUUCCCUGCACUAUUCCCUUUUAGCUCAGUCGGGACUAUUUUGUUUGCUCUCCCUGUGCCCAUCCACUUUUCUUUCCUGACUUGACCAUGUCAUUUCAUACUCCCAUUGAUGCUGCUGUUCAUCAUGUUUUGUAGUCUCUUUACACCCCAGGCUCUAGCAAUUUGUCAUAGUCAGUGGUAUGACUGAAACAGUGUAUUUAAGUUCAGGUAGCUUCUGAGUAGUAAAAAAUUCUCAGUUUCUUCUUAAGUCAUUUUUCCUUGUCCUCCUAAGCUCUUUUAUUGCCAUUACACAUUCUGAGUGCUGCUUCGCUCUUUUAUUUUUCCACUCUCUGCAUCAGCAAGAGGGAGAGUGAAAUGUUCCCCUCCCCGUAGUCUGUCUGGUGCUGCAGUGUUUGGCAUUACGUUGCAUCCUGAGUGGCUCAGGUGGAGCAGGAGGAAUAGUCUGCUGGCUCUUGAACUGAAUCUAGUGCCGAGUCCAACUAUAUUCACUGUGAGAUCUUACAGUGCAGAGACAGGAGCUUCUCUGUGCUCAUGCCAUGCAAGUCCAUGACGGACUCAUGUCUGGUUCCCAGAAGACAACAUACUGCUUUGCUAAAGUUAACAGUCCAUGGGAUCUUUUAACUUCAGCUGCUGUUAUAGUCUGUAUUGAGUACUUGAAUUUGAACACCGAACAGCGUUUUGUCAGACCCUGGGAAAGCUAUAGAAGUUAGGAAUUGGGUUUGUUUCUUUGUAGUCAAAUAUUUUGCUUUGUGUAGAUAAGCGUAAAUACUCAAGUACAGAAAAAAUACUAAAUCUACCGGUGAGGUCUGAUUUCUUUAUAAACAUUGUGUCUUUAUUUGCACCGCUGCUGGCUAUUUGAAGAAGUGUAAGUGCAGCACUCUUACGUCAGAAGCCUCAAUCAUUCCAAAUAAGAAUGUUAGUAUCCUGCUAAUGUUGCUGAAUUCCUACAAAGUUUGAUGGGAUUUCAGAAAAUGCUUCCACAAUCUGACAGCUAUGACUUGGUAACUUCUCCCUAAAACUAUUAGAUUCAUAAAUCCUUGACCGUGUAUAAUUAUUGUAGCAAAAUGGUGCAGGCUGGUUAUGUGAGCCAUGUGUCUAGAAGUUUUUAACCUUUUUAAUUUAUAGCUGGCAUUCCUUUUCUCUGAGAAAAGCUGGUGAUUCCCUUAGGGAUGAAAUAAUUUUCUUCUGCUGGUAGUUCUACCGCUGCAACUAUGUGGCUGCUUGUGCAGCAAUUCUCUGGCCUCGUGAAGGGCAAGUGACCUGUUCUGUCCUUUUUACACUACCAUAGUAUCUCUGUCCUCUCUAGAUAGUAAACCCAAGCUGUUAAGUUUCUAGUAUCAACCCGGCAGCAGUGGCCAUCAGUCGUCCUUGGUUCAAAAUGCCCUUUUUUCUCUUGGGAAUCUGUAUUGCCAACCUCACUUUCAAAGCAAAUUGUGUCUGAGCCUCCAGCCAUCUGUACUUCUGACCCAGGAACCAGCUGCUGUCCCUGGAAGACAAAACUGCAGCUCAUCCCCAGAGCGGGUCCCUUACAGCAGCAGCCAUUAGCCGCACGUUUGCGGACGGUUGGUUUUCCUGCUGUGUUGGGGCAGGAUGUUAAGCUGCAAGUCACUUCUUUCCCCAGGGAAGUAAUUGGAACAGUUCUUUAAUGGUAUUAGUCUACAUUGCUGUUUCUGUGACCAGAUAGCUGGGGAUGAACCCCUUAUGCUACCAAGGUGUUGGAACAAUGCGGGCGUGUAGUAAGGAACUCAACUAGAAGUAAUUUGUCUGAGUCAGACUUUUCGGAUACGUAAGUUACACUCCCUGCCUUCCCCCAGUGCAUUGUGUAGGGAAUUGAGUCCCCUGUUAGUGUUCUUUUUUAUUAGCAUUAAAACCAAAAGAAAUAAAUAGACAGUUGGGAAGCCACCUGCGAAUCAGCCAAAUACUUAAGAAUCACAAAGAAGUGCCAUUUCCCGCCCCCCUGCCCCCAGCUCUGAUCGGUUUUGAAUUUUAAGAUGAAUGUGGGUUGGUUUGUCUACAUCAGCUGUAUUUUCUCUUGUUAUUUCUUCCUCGACACUUGACUGUGAGAUGCUGAGUGGUUCUGAAGAGGAGCAGAAUAUCUCAAUGCUUAACUCAGUUUGUCAAAAAAUAGGAUUACUGGAUAACAUUGAAGUGUUCAUUUUAAAAUGAUGCUUCUCCUUCAGAUUUGAAGCCUCUUUUAGAGACAGUUUUAAAGGUUAAUCAAUCAAACUGAUCAAAAGUUUUCAGCAAGCCUUGAACAGCAGACUGACUAUACUGAGCUAUUAAUCAUUUAUUUUAUGAAGGAACAAAGCAAGCUCAGGGUUAUUUACUGCCGCUGCAUGCUGCCCUAGCAUACCGACUGUGCUUCACUUCUCUUUGGAGGACAGCUUGUAUGCUAGUGCUGGCUGUCAGGAUUGCUGAAGAACUGUUUCCGGGACAAUUGCAUUAUUUAACAAAGGUGAAAAUUAAGUGGGUGCAUGACAUUUGGUUUAGCUAAGGUUUUCUGUACUGCAUUUGAUCCUUCCAGUUAAGGGGAGGAUAUUUCUGAAAGAAAAACCUGUGUUUGUCCAAUUAGUGCUGCAGAAGAGUGCUUCUGCAGAAGAGUGUGUUCACAGUGUGUCGGUGUGCUUUGCCCCAGCCGUCAUCCCUGUGUCUGGGCAAUAACCACCCCAGCUCGGGACAGUUGGGUCAGGGUGGAGAGGCUGCGCAAGAGCUUUGGUAUCGGUGCCGUGAGACUUUCUCCCCCUGGUAGAGUAGUUCAAGCUGUGCUUUAAACCAAGCUGGAUGGGGAGUAAGGGUGCAGGGAUGAUCUCUGGCUGCUGAAGUAGACCAAAAGCAGGUGUCUGUGGGGACACCUGUGACUGCAGUGUCCCCUGUGCACGCUGAGCUCUACAGCCAGCUGGGAGCCAUCGGGGCUGGCUGGUGCUCGUGGAGUGACCAGAACCCCAUGCAGAUACCCUCACACAGGAGAAACUGCUGUGACUUAAACUCAUUUUCACUGCAUCAGCACAAAUAGAACCUUUGGAUUAUACCCUGAGCCGUACAGUGUUUCCUGUUUGUCAGGUUGUAUUUGUCUUCCUGGAGCAUGCCAACCUGAGCAGAAUGUUUUCAGUUUCAGAUGCUGGUUUUGAAAUCCAGCAGAUAAGGGAGAAGAGAAAAUAAGACAUAAUGCUAUCCAGCGUAAUGUCUGUCUGCCACUGUUAAUAUUUUAGGGGUGCUAAUCUUGAAUUUUCAACCUGUGUGUUCACACCAGAUUGGUGGAGGAGGUAACUUUUUUUUUUUUUUACUUAGAAUAAUUUUCAUCUCUCUCAUUUACUUAUGAAACUGGUGAUGAUGAUGAGGAAAAACAAAUUAAAUGCUCUAUAAUACAAGUAUUAUUACCUCUGCUUUUGAUAUAUAUUUUGUAUUCAUAAUUGCCAUGUAAUCCAGGCCCUGAUUUUCUGACAGCGUAGAAUAAGGUUAGGAACAUAAACUCAGGUAGCUUGUAAUUACGCUGAUCAGAAUGCUUGUUGGAAUAUCUCAGGUUUUGGUUUUAAAAUGUGUGAAAGAGUGGGCAGCGGGUUCUUGGAGUAGCUGUGUCCACUAUGAAACUGAUUUCUUGUGCAGUUGUAGUACAUCAGCCCCAGACUUUCUGCCAAACUCAUUUGCAGAUUAUUUCUGUAUAAUCACUCUAUUAUAACACUGUGCUUUCUAUAAUAAUAAUAAAAACUUAAAUUUUU